CGGCGAUUAGCAUUUCAGAGGCAGUCGACUCCAGUCCGGGUUUUGGGGCUGAGGACUAGCGAGCCGCAGGGAAAGGCUAGCAAAAGACCCCGCUCAGUCCGUCCACCCAGCUCUCGCCCGCCCUUUCGCCAACAUCUGGGAAGCGCCGCUGACCUGCAGAGGGGAGCUAUCCCAACAGGGUCCCUAAGUCCCCGCCGGGCCAAAGCGUCCGAUGGCUGCAGCGGCGCGCCCGGCCUUCCUGUCCAGCCCAGCGCAUCCGCUGUAAGCGGCGGCGGCGGCGGCUACACCACCUCUGCUGCCUUGCCGCGAGUGCCUCGGCUGUAGCGGCAACAGCUGCCGCCGCCGCUCCCGCCCCCUUGCUCAGCCUUGCCCACCGCCGAGCCGAGCCGAGCCCACUCGUCCUCGGUGCGGCGCGCUGAGCGGUGCUGGGCGCGGCCAUGCAAGCGCGGCGUCUGGCCAAGCGCUCCAGUCUGGGGAACCGGCGCUUGAACACGGCGGGGCCGCCCUCGGCCGCGCAGCCUUUCCCGGAAUCGGGCGGCCGCGGCAUAGCGAAGACCGAAAACUCCUGGAGACCGCCUCGGCGCGAGGGCUCGGCGGCCGCCCUCGAGGAGGAGGACGAAGAGGAGGACGUGGUGGUGGACGUCGAGGAGGACGACGACGCCGAGGAGGCGGAGGAGCUGGCCGGGUCGGGCAAGGGCCACGCGGCUGCCCGGGUAAGCCUGAAGGUAACCAGCAUAAAACGUGAAAUGACCUUUGCAGCAUUUCAAAAGGAAGACCUAAAAAGUGAUCUAAAUCAAAAACUCUCAGAUCAGCAAUUUUUUGUGUUGGCUAUGAAGGAGGAAGAUUCAAAAACAGCAGACAUCAAAAAAAUUGGCAGAAUUCAUGAUCAUGAAAAAGAAAAUACUCGUUCUAUCUGUCUUCUUGAGCAGAAGCGCAAAGUUGUAUCUUCAAACAUUGAUGUGCCUCCCACAAGAAAAUCUUCCGAAGAAGUGGACAUGGAUAAAGUCACGGCAGCUAUGGUUCUAACUACUUUGUCCACCAGCCCUUUGGUUCGCAGCCCCCCAAUCCGUCCUAAUGAAUCCUUAAAUGGAUCCUGGAAAGAAGGAGGAUUUGUGCCUUCCAGUACCAGUAGCAGUGGGUAUUGGAGCUGGAGUGCUCCAAGUGACCAAUCAAACCCAUCCACUCCAUCACCUCCCCUUUCUGCUGACAGCUUCAAACCAUUUCGAUUACCAUCUCAAACUGAUGAUGGCAUUGACGAGGCUGAAACUAGCAGUCUUCUUUUUGAUGAACCCAUUCCUAGGAAAAGGAAGAACUCCAUGAAAGUAAUGUUUAAAUGCCUUUGGAAAAACUGUGGAAAGGUACUAAGCACUGCUGUUGGCAUUCAGAAACACAUCCGGACUAUUCAUCUUGGACGUGUAGGAGAAUCUGACUACAGUGACGGAGAGGAAGAUUUUUACUACACAGAGAUACGUCUCAACACUGACUCAGUAGCGGAUGGAUUAAAUAGUUUAUCUCCAGUUUCACCCUCUCUAGCAUCUCUUCCUUGUUUUCCAUGCCAAGAUGUGAACAGAAGUGAACUAUCAUGUGCCAAAACAGAUGCUAAAGGGAUGACGCCUCUAAGCCGUUCAGCUCCUACCAACCUCUACCUCAUUCACUCUGACCAUGCUUAUCAGGCUACAGCUCCUGUGAACAUUCCAGGGUCAGCCAAGUUCACUCCCAAUGGAAAAAGCUUUAGCAUCUCUUGGCAGACACCCCCAGUUACCUUCACUGGCCUUCCAGUUUCACCAACUCACGCACGGCAUGUGGGGAUCGGAGAACCAAAGCACCAGAUCCAUGCUGUUCUUUCAUCUCCACCUAGAGCCUCAGUUGGCCUCAGAAAACCUAGAGGAGAGGGCAAGAAAUGUCGCAAAGUGUAUGGGAUGGAGAAUAGAGACAUGUGGUGUACAGCUUGUCGUUGGAAAAAGGCCUGCCAAAGGUUUAUUGAUUGAAGCGCAGAACCAAUACGGAGUUGUGUAUAAUAAGGUUCCCUUGCUGCAACUGUGCAGUGCGACUCUUCCCACCUCCUUGAGCGCUGACGUCUGUUGAAGACUGUCACUCUAAAGCAAAUACAUUCAUUUCAAGGGGAACGACUUCUCAAAAACCUAUAUGCAGCAAUAUAGGAAAAACUUAACAAAAUAUUUACCAAGUCUUGAAUCAGGAGCAGCUAUAUGCAUCUUUCUUUAAAAAAACAGGAACAAAAUCUGUUUUUAAUACCUUGAACAACUUGCCUGUCAGGACAUAUUACAUCAUGAUCAGUAUUUCACCUUUGGAAUCACUUAAAGACAAGAUUGAGUGAUGCUACUUUCCUUAGAAUGAAGUAAAUGAAACACAAAUACAUACGUGCAUACACAGACACACUAAACUUUAGAAAUAAGCUACAUUUUUCUCAAGAGCAGCUCUCCCAAAAGUGGUAAAUAAUUCUAUGGUGAAUAGUCUUGAUUCAGCGUCUGGUGCUUGUCCUUUAAGGGAUAAUGGAAAGAUGCUUUGCUAAAGGGGCAAGAAAUUUAAGAGUGAUCUCAAACUCAGACCUGAAGGCUGAGCACCUCUUAUAUCUGUCCCAAAGAAGGCUAGUUGGGGUACAAUCACCAGCAGUCCUAAGCAAAACAACAACAAAACCCCACACAUGGGAAAGGAAUCUGAUUUUAAAUGAACGUGGAUUGAAACCAGCAUACAUACCAACAAUGUUUGGGUUCCAGGAUAACUUAGAAGCAAGUACUGGAAAAUGUUGUACAUCUCACAGUGCUAAAGGCUCUGCUCAGACUAAUGGGCAGCCCAGUGGACUUCAUCAACAUUAAUUCAGGGAUGUGAUCAACCCAGCAGCUUUCCCCCUGCUUUUUAUGCCAUUCCUAGGUUAACAGUUUAGUUGAAAGAGCAAAUUAUCACAUCAGGGGAUAGAAACUAGAAGGACAAACUAGUUUCCCACUUCCCGACAUGUAAAAUACAAGUGCAGCAAAGCAGAUGUCUGUAUGUAAAAAAUCCCAUUGGUUAUAAAGUUCUUUCAAUAUCAGAAAUAAAAGCCUUCACACUGGCUUGCACUUUCAUAGGUUUUUGUGCUUUAGUGUAAUUUAAUCUUCAUUUGGCCUAUGAGAUAGACUGUUGUAGCUGUGGUGUAAUUGAACUAAUGCUUGAGAAUCAGUAGAAAGUUUGGACAUAGGUUGCUGGAAAUAAUGUCUAUGGAUUGCCUAUUAAAAUAAAGGAAUUCCUAUAAGAGCACUACCACAUAUUAAUAUAAGUACGGCUUGUGCUCAAGACCUUCCUGGUGGAUUUUGUCCUUUGAUAUUAACUCCAGUGGGAUGAGAUAGGUAUCCCAAGUUGGGAAAACAAGAGCAAGAAUGGGAGCCCUUGAUACUGUUGUAUGAUGACAAGUCAGAAAUAAAUUUUAUUGGGGAAGGGGUGGGGUAGACGAACCGCCGAUGGAGUAUAUUAUAAAUCACUAUUAUCUAGAGUAUCUGUCUAUAAUAAAUAUAAAAAAGCACAAAUUUUAAUUAAAACAGAAUAUUGAGCUAAAGAUGACUCUUAUGUAAACUUUAGAACGAUUUAAGUUAGCUUUAAUGCUAUGAUAAUAUUAAAACAAUUCAGGUAGGCCUGGAACUGUCUUCCAAAAUAAGGCUAUCUGGUUGAAAACACUUCUACCGUACUGAUAAGAAGCUUCUUGUACUAAGCAUUUUCAUCAGAUACUCAUCCAGUUUUCUUAUUCUUCAAAAAGCGCAAUUUUGAAGCGUGUUAUUCCACUCAUAACUAGAGAAUAGGAAAUUUCUUUCUUGAGAUUUGGUAGGAAAAUAAGAAAAAGGAAUGAAAUCAAUACUUUUUUCCCCUUUAAAGUUUGGUCUUUAACUGUCCAGCUUUCAGUAUUUGGCAAAAGUAAGAUUUAGGAAAAUCUGAGGUUUCAUGUGCUUGCCUAUUUAUUUAACAAAAAAAUGUAUUUGUCAGGGAUUUCUUCAGAUCAUAAUAUUUACAGGUGGCUGACAACUAACUUUGAAAGAGUAUAUCAUAUAAUAAUCAUGUCUGUAUUCUAACUUGAAUGUGUUAUUUUGCAGUCCUAUAAUUGUAUUGAAAUAUAUCUCUGGUUGCAUGCAUGGUCUGUCCAAAAUUCACCAGUAAAUUGUGCUGAUCUGCUGCUUCAUGGCCAAUAUACAUCCUGGAGGAAAUACCAAGUAUGGCUUUAUGUAUUUUUUUCCUAAUUUCACAUACAAAAAAGUAAUAGAUUUUAUAUUUUCUGGCAUUCCUGUUUAAAGGUUUCUAAAUGAUAAGGGCUACAGACAGGGAGGGGACUGCUUGAAAGCACAGAAGAUUUCCACUGUAGUCAAAAUUAGGCAAAGCAGACUAAUGGUUUAAGCUAACCAAAUACAGCUUAAUAAAAUUGAUAUAGAAAAAACAAACUCAAAAUCACCUGGAACACUACAGUGCUAUAACGAAUUACUAAACUUUUCAUACGUUGAAAGUAUGCGUGCAUUUACUUUAAUAAAAGUUCAGUCUGGAAUGCAUUGAUUUGAUUUUCUUUCAUUUGGCUUUCUUUGCAUCAUCCUAUUUUGUUCCAUUAGUUUGGUAUUUCUUUUCACAGGAUGUAUGCCAUACAAUUUUUUAAAAAAUUAUAACUUAUUUGAAUCAGCUGUUGGUUUAAAUUGUGAUCACAUGCCCUGGAGAUACCAAGACAGAAGUGGAAAAAAUUAUUCUAAGAUGUGUGGGUUGGUCAUUCUUGGAAAUAAGUGAUUUAUUGCAUAUGUUUUCAAAUUUAGAUAGAGAUUAUAAUAUAUGUCAAAUAAUAUUGGUAAAUUUAUUAUUCCUACUUUAUGUUAUGUUCUCAAAUGUUCAAAGCAGAAGUAAAUACAUGUUAUUAUAAUCAGACUCCACAUUCACAGGAAUUUUAAACUUGAUCAUUCAGUAUUUUAUUGCACAUUUUUCUAAUUAACUCUGCAUUCUUGAGGGCUAGAAAUUUUUAAAGAUUGAAAAAUAAUCAUAGAAUAAUAACUAUUUGCCAAAUAUUGUUAAUCUCUGUGCAAUAUAGCCUUUGUAAGUUCGUUUGUUGUUUAUUCCUAUCCUAUCCUCAAUUUUUGGUUCUGUAGACUUUCAUUGAGUAUAUUCAACUUUGACAGUGAAAGGUUUUUAUCUUUAUAGAGAUAUUUGAACAACUUUUUCCCAUAGUUAGAUUAAAGCCAACUGAACUAAGAUAGGAUUUGCUUGCUUAUACUUUAAAUGAAAUUACUGCCAGAUAAUUCUGUUGGAACUGUACUAUAAAGAGACAAACAUAAUUUGGCAAUAGAACUGCUGGGAUUUGCCUUGUUCUCCUUAGUAAGUGUUCUUCCUAACAUUGAUUGCAACAUAAUAAAUUCUUUUUAUUGCUGGAGAAUUUCAAUAGGGCUUUAAACUUACCAAAAGACCCAGGAAAUAGGUGUUAACCAGAACUGUAGAUUAGAAUUAGAGACAUGGUAAGCAAGGGGGUUGCAGUUAGCAUUUCAUAAGAGGUUUUUUUUUCAAAUAUUACUGCUUACUUAAAUAUUAUUUCAUAAUUAUUUAUAAGAUAUCACUGAGGUUUUGAGAAAUCCAAAAUGUUUUCCCAACUUUCCCUGAUAUUUUUCUUAUAUAUUUUAAAGCUCUAUCAGAGGUAAUAUUCUGAGAUCAUUAUUAGCCUGAUUUUAAUAAAUGAUGUUGUAUAGCAGCUUCAGAGUGAGGGCAGAAAAUAUUAUCUUUGACUGCUUGUUAGAAAAAGAGUUAAUAAAUUCCCAACCUUUGUUCAGGGCUAAUUUGAAAAGGUCUCGCCAUGCCUAUUUUGACAUUUCCAACAUUUAACAUGAAUACUGUUGCCAAACCUCAUAUGUCCAAUCCAAGACUCCUUUCUUGUGUAUCAAAAUAAUUUUGAACAGAUAUUACUACAUAAUUUUUAUGUAUAAAUAAUUAUCGUGUUAGAAUCAAACAUGAAAAGCUGGCAAUUUUUUUUCUUUUAUUCAGGUUUGUGUGUUCAGAUAAACCUGUUUAGAUUGUGCCCAGUGUCAUCAGAUUAUCAUCUAUUUGCAUCAUUAUUUUAAUUGACCUCUCAAUCAAAGGAAUAUACUAUAUACAAUAUGUUUGCACAGCUCCCUCUAGCUUUUGAUGAUUUAUUUUUCUGAAUUUCAAAUUUUGUUUCCCCCGAUUCAAGAUUUAGCUAAAAUAAAUCUCAAUCAUCUUUGCCUCUAUAAAUUCACUUAAGAUGAAAGACUAAGAAUUUUUGUCAGCAUGUUUAACUCUUAUAAAAACCAAUAACAAUGAGAAACAUAAAGGUAUAUUUUGUGGUAAUCAAAGGAAUGAGGACAUUUCUGACAUUUCAAAACUUCAUUUUCUUUAUUUGUUAAAAAAAAUCUACAAUGUGGAUUUUUUUGGAAUGAUUUAAAUAUUGUACAGUCUGAUUUUGUUUCCAAUGGGGCAGAUGGUUCUGGAAGAAUAAACAAGCAUCCCAUUAUAGUUACCGCUGCCUUCAGUGUGUCUCAAGCAAUGUAGGAAGACAUCUGUUUACACAAGAGUUUAAAUCCUGACUGUUAGGGAAAUGGAAAUAAGUUAUAUUAAUUAUAUGCAGUUUACUGGUGGACAAAUACCAUUGGGUUUCACCUUCUAUUUCCUCUAAGAGGAAAAAUGUAGAAAAUAGUGAUACAGAUUUACUAAACGGAUUGGUAAACAGAGUUUGUAUUUUUUGACCAAAGUUAUUCAGUAAAAUUAAAGAGAAAUGCUCACUUGAGUUUGGUUAAAUUGGAUUUUAGCUGUAUCAUAAUCUUACAUAUUUGGAAAUAUUAGAGGAAUUUGUAGCCAGUGUAAGAACUGAAAUUCAUUAGGACAUAAUCUAAUAAUCUGAAUAUUUAUUAGCAUAAAAUAAUGGGAAUUAAAUUUUAGAAACACCUUUCUGUUUUGAAGUACAAUGACAUUUUAUUUCACUAUCUCUGACAGAAUUACUGCCCAAUAAAUUGUUUUUCAAAUUAAUGCUACUUAUAUAUUAAAAUAUUUGGACCUAACUAGGUUUAUCAAUUAUAUCCUUUGACCACAUUCAUACCUAGAAUUAAAAUGUUCUGAGGCUUCUUUGAGGUUUAAUAUGAUGCAUCCAAUAUGGCAAAGUGUUGUAUGAGAAAUAGGCCUCUGUGACUUACUCAAACUGUGGUUUUAAAACUCCUGGAUUAAUAUAGGCAGAUAAA